GCCAACAAUAAUGAAUCGAAGCACAGUGAAGGCAUUCCAGUGUUUAAAGUUGACCAGGCAACAACGCGAAAUGAAAACGAAAAGGAAAAAUUAAUUGAGGAAGUACAUGCUGAAAAGGAAAAUGACGCUUCACAAAACGAGGAAUCAACAUUUAACAAGUCUUUUGACCCGACACAGCAGAGUACUCCAGAGAAGGAAACCUUUGUGAUGCUUGAUAUGGUCGAAGGGAACGAAAAUGUUGAGCCAGACGAGCCCGACGUUUCAAGCGAUCUACCCUUGCGGAGUUCAGAUGAGAUUCCGGAUAUUACCGAAGAAACAAAACAAAAUACGGAACCAGACGAGGAAGUACCAUUUGAGGAACCAACAACACAUAAUAUAUAUGACGUAGCCCAACCUGCUGAAUCAGUUAAUAAAAAGGCAGAAGUAAAAGCUAGUGUUGAAGUGCCUGAUAAGUCAACAAUGCAUAUUGUUGAAGAGAUUAAGGAAUCGAAAGAUGUACCGGAGAUUACCGAUAUUGGGAAAACAAAUGAAAAGGCUGAGCCUAUUAAGGACCCGAUUGUUCCUCCAGAAAUCAGCGAAGAUGUUAGUAUAAGUGAUAUACACACUAAAAAUAAAGAAUCAUCAAUUAACAAGCUAAAUAAGGAGACUGCAUGUGGCACUCCAGCCGUUGAUCAUGAAAUCAGCGAUGAAGCACGUAAAGAUGAAGAAUUAACAACAUGUGGGAAAGAGCGCAAUGAGCCUACAAAAGAUUGUACAGUGGAAGUUAAAACAAAUGAAACACGGGGAUCAGGUGAAAAAGUUCUAUUGUGCGAGGCCAAUGAUAUGAGGGAAUGCGUUCCCGCUGUAGGUGCGAAUUUUAUAGUUGAAGAUGAAGUCACAGAAAGAGAAACAGAACUUUUAAAAAUUGUACCGCGGGAUAUCAUGAAGCGAAGUCAUUUGGUAGUCGAAAAUGAGGAUAAUGAUGAUGGCGCAACUUCUAAGAAACCGCGAAAAUUGUAUACUGUGCUGAAACCCCCAAAGGACGAUGAACCAGAUUUGUACACACUUGAAAUCACAAAACGUAUAAAACAGCAAUUACCGCCAUCUAUUAGUGUAACUCUAAAAAAACCAACUGAUUUAGAAAGUAAUGGCGAUAUCCCAAAAGAGAAAAAUACCAAGUCACAUACAACAUUUCAAGGGAGUAUUUUAGAAAAGAAGUUGCCGCUGCCGAGCAAUCACACAUAUGUUCAGUCAGCUACAUCCAAAAGUUCAAUAACUGAUGCGCUUCUACCACCAAUAGCCCCAAUUUCUAUUCCAGUUACACAAAUUCCAGGGAGUCCCUAUAAUAGCUUAAUUUGCACGUCUGUUGCUUCUAAAUCAAGUUCCAUCCUUAACUCGACGGAUUCAAAUAAAAACUCCAUCAUUCCCGCCGUAAUUACAACAAAACCUAAAAUCACAAUUUUGAACCCAAAUCCAGCAAUUCCUUCCACAAUCAAAUCCGUGAAGGUCAUCCCACGAAAUUGUACGGUUUUUCCAAUGAAGUCGUCAAACUCAUCCAAUGACAAUAAGGCACUUAUAACUUCGAUAAAAAUUCUUCCCCCAAAUCCAGCACUUCUCAAAGUAGCAUCCAACGCGGAUCCUAACAAAGAAUCAGUAGCAACAACUAUGUUACCUACCACCAUUGACAACAAAAAGGAUGUAGCCACAACGCCUGACAACAAUACCGGCGCCUUAGACUAUAUCCCAACGUUGCGUCGCGAAGAAGAACAAAAUCAUAUCGAUUCAGAUACAAUGCCGACUUUUACGCAAACGUACCUAAAAUCUCUUUCAGAAUAUAUACGUGAAGCAAGAGCUUACAAUGCAGCCACCGUCGGAAAAAAGAACGAAAACGAUAGAAACAACAAGGUGUUGGAAAGUGUCGCAGCAACCUCCGAGGAUAUUGAAUCAGAUUUGGUUACAUAUGAAAUCUUCGAUAAGGGGUAUGAUGAUACUACUUGUAAUGUUAAUACCGAACGUCGGCACAUGAGCACACAAACAAAAGAUAGCAUUACUAAUAUUUUGAGUAAAAUUGCGGCAUUGAAAGAAAAGACGAAUCAACAAGCCGAAGAUAUCUUGUCGCUCAAGGCAGCUAUGAAACUGCUAAAUUCAAAAACUGAAGUCAAAAAGACUUGAUUCAGCCAUUGUGUUUUAUAUAUAUAAAGCUAUUUUUAAUAUAGGAAGUAAAUAAAUAUUUAAAAAAUAUCUACCAUGAUACAAAAAUAG